CGCUUGCAACUUUAGUUUGUCUCUUGUAGCCGGCAGAGUAACAAGUUUUGCUUUCUGCUAUCUGCAUAAAGACUUGUAAAAAAUCAAACUGCUGGUUAUUUGGCUUUGGCAUUUAACAGCUGUGGUCUGAAUAAGUACGACUUUGUGUGAAAUUUUGUUUGGCUGUCAGUGUAGAGAAUUGAAUAUAAUUUAAUAUUCUAAUAAAUCGAUAAAUUCGUGGCACUAAAAUGUCAGAAGAAGCAGAUUUGUGCAAUGAAGACCUUUACUCGUUGGAAGCCAAUUUGGUAAACAAGUCGAUGCGAGAAUUGGCAAAUGGCGAAGAGAAAGAUCCAAUUACCAAAUUACGUUUGCUAUGUCUGAGUCGUGGUGCAACUGGUAUACUCGGUUUGGGCAGAACGUUUCGCAAUAUGGACGACGAUGGUAGCAAAGCAUUGAAUGAGGAGGAGUUCACUAAUGGCUUACGUGAGACGGGUUUAGAUGUGACCGAUGAGGAAAUUAAGGAGAUGUUCAAGAGUUUCGAUGAAGAUGGCAGCGGUUCCAUUAAUAUGACUGAGUUUUUGCUGAAAUUGCGGCCACCAAUGCCACAAUGUCGUCUAGACAUCAUCGAUCAAGCAUUCGCUAAGAUGGACCAAACCGGUGAUGGAGUUAUAACUGUGGAUGACUUGAAGAAUGUCUACUCGGUGAAGGAACAUCCGAAAUUUAAAAGUGGCGAAUUGAGUGAAGAUGAAAUAUUGACGGAAUUUUUGAAUAAUUUUGAAGGUGGGCGCGGAAAUUUGGAUGGCAAGAUUACCAAAGAGGAGUUUGAGAACUACUACGCCACCAUCAGCGCAUCCAUCGACAAUGACAUGUUUUUUGAUCUGAUAAUGCGACGCGCUUAUGCUUUGUAAAAUGCCUAUCAGUUGAACUUUGUCCUUCAUGGAAGCCUCGCUGCUUCGGUAUUUUAAUAUUUCUAUUAGUUUAUGUUAUUUAAAAUUCCUGUGUGUUUUAUGUGUUGAAAAUGUUGAAGUACUCGAAUAUGUCUGCGUACAUAAAAUUUAUGUUUAUCUAAUAAAAGAAAAAAUCUAUACGUAACUGUAAUGUAUUAUAUGGAAUACAUAAAUAUAUCAUCAUCACAGUUGGCAAGCAAAAAUUAAAA